AUGCCCAAGGCAACCAGCUCCCGAGCCGCCGCUGCGGCGCGACGACACAAUCCUCUGGCGGACGACAUCUCUGCCGUGGGGCAUCUCCGGACAAACAGCACCACGAAGAAGGGCAAGCGCCAAUCGCAUGACGAUGGGGAAGAUGGCGAGACUGGUGAGCGGUUUGUCGACGCGAAGAUGUCGCGCAAGAUCUUGCAAAUUGGACAGGAACUGGCAGAGGAAGACGCUGCUGAGCAGCAGAAGCUUCGAUUUGGCGGGGCCCAACCAAAGUCCAAUCCGGCUUUCGAAUUUGACACUCGCUUCGAGGACGACAUGCCUUCCGACGACGAAAAGUAUGAGAAUGACAAUUGGGUCGACGAUGAGGAGGAAGAACAUGAGGAAAUUGAAGUUGAUCCCAAUGAUCUGGACAUGUUCAACAAAUUCAUGCCCGGUGGUCAUGACGAAGACCCUAUUUUUGGAACGCGGCAGCCCGGAGAGCAAUUGCAAGGGCAGACGACGAACCUUGCGGACCUGAUUUUGGAGAAGAUUGCUGAGCACGAGGCCAAGCUUAAUGGCGAAGCUGUUGGCGGAAAUUACAUUCAAGGUGGUGGUGCGGCUGAAGAUGCCGUGCAGAUUCCAGCCAAGGCUGUGGAAGUAUACGAGAAAGUCGGCAUGAUCCUAUCUCGCUACAAGUCCGGCCCUCUCCCCAAGCCUUUCAAGAUCCUACCUUCUGUGCCAAACUGGCAGACUCUCCUCGAUAUCACCCAACCGGAAAGAUGGACUGGCAAUGCCGUCUACGCCGCCACUCGUAUCUUCAUCUCCUCGAAGCCAGCUGUGGCCCAGGAAUUCAUCGCUACGGUUCUACUGGACCGUGUCCGUGAAGAGAUCCACGAGACGAAGAAGCUGAAUGUUCAUGUUUAUAACGCUCUUCGCAAGGCCCUGUACAAGCCCGCAUGCUUCUUCAAGGGUCUUCUAUUCCCUCUUGUCUCGAGCGGAACUUGCUCUCUCCGUGAGGCUCACAUUGUGUCCUCGGUAAUCGCCCGUGUCUCUAUUCCCGUUCUUCACUCUGCCGCUGCACUUCUCCGCAUGUGUGAUUUGGCCGCCGAGCAAUCUAUGCGCUCUCUUGAGAGCACCGGUGCUGUCAACACUUUCAUCCGAGUCUUCUUGGAAAAGAAGUACGCCAUGCCCUACAAGGUCAUCGACGCUUUGGUGUUUCAUUUCCUGCGCUUCCGCGGUGAUAACCCGGCGGAUACCAUGACGGAUGGACCCGGUAGCUCAAAGGCCUACAAGUUGCCCGUCCUCUGGCACCAGUCUUUGCUGGUCUUUGCCCAGCGAUACCGCAAUGAUAUCACAGAGGAUCAGCGAGAGGCUCUCCUUGAUUUGUUGUUGGUUCGAGGUCACAAAGAUAUCGGGCCCGAGGUGCGACGAGAACUUCUAGCCGGCCGUGGUCGUGGUGUUGUCGUGCUCGACCCCGAGCAACAGAAUGCCCUUGAUGCCGGCGACGACACGAUGGAUAUGGCGAUGUGA